AAAUAGUUUGUCUUGCCUCUUGCUAAUGCUAGUCUUGGUGUUACACCCGGCACUAGCACUUCGUAGGUCUGCCUUCGAACUUCACGCCAUCGAGACUUCAAGUCUUGGUGAAUUUACACAAGGGCCCAGUGUAGCUCAGUCCGUGUCUGUAUAGUUCACUGUCAUACACACGGCCGGUGACGGGCGAUGCGCUCCAGCGUGAGUGCGGCAAGAAAGAUAGAUCAGUGACAGUGUUGGUCCUUGAAUGAGUGAAUGAGGAAGUCAUUUCUCUACUAACGCAAACCAACGUCUCGGCCGGCGGUCUGAAAAUCUUCAAGUGCAGCGCCACCCUAGGUAGAGAUCAAGAGCGGGCGCAGCAUUCCGACCAUUCAGACUACAGUCAUUCUGAUUCAGGGUUUCCUCUGCCGGCACGCUGCUACUGUGCUAGCGUGCUGCGAUCCCGUCGUCCGGUCUACCGUGUGCAGUGAUUCCGCAUGCUGCGAUCCCGUCGUCCGGUUUACCGUGUGCAGUGAUUCUGCAAGGCAACAGCGAUACUUUGCGGUGGGGAAUCCGAGCGAAAAGGGCUGCUAGCUGCUGUGUAGGACAGUCUCCACAAGGAUACCUCCUGGCCGGGGUACGAAGAUGGGAAAUAAUAUCGUGCCUACUGCCACAGGCAAUCCGUUUGACUCGCCUGAGUUCAUUGCUGACAUACAUCCAUGGCUGCUGACUGUGGAUGCCGACGUGUUCCGGGAGGCAGCACAGCAAAACCAGCUGCUGCGCACUUUUGCCAUUGUCGCAAACCUAGAAAAUAUUUUGAAGCGGGAAGGUCCGGAGGCGCACAACAAGAAGCUGGUUCAAAUCAUCUCGGCCGAUGAACUGCAUGGAUACAAGCGCUUGUGUCACGUCGUUGCCGAAAUGGGCUUCCACACCCGAGUGCGUCAGAUGCUGAACCAGCUACCAGAGAAGGAUCGACCAUGCCUAGAUUUACCCAGGUCAGGUGACAUGGCAACCACAAGCGUACGGCGGCGAACCCGAACAGGUGUGGACGGUGGCAAUUAUGAUGUGGCAAUUAUGAUAGUGAUGGUAGAUCAGAGUCACAGAGUGUGA